UAUUCCAAUAGAAGCAUCUCUUUUGAAAAUUUCAACCUCCCAUGAAUUCAUUUCGUCAAAGGCCACCAGUUUCCUUAUGAUGCCUGAUAGGAAUUGGAAAGCCACACAUCCCCACCUCGUCAAUUCCUUUUCUAUACGCUUGCUUCCAAUCUCUCUCGAUCUUCUCUCUCUCUCUCUCUCUCUCUCUCAAAAUGCAUAACCAUCUCUUCCCAGCUCCGGCCACUUUCUUAUUCAUCAUAAUAGCAAUAACCUUAGUCCAAUUUCCAGUACUACCAUCUGUGCACGCUGUUGAUGAUGAUCAGCAGUACCUCAACUGCAGCGAAACCUUUGCAUGUGCGGGUAUUUCGGACAUCGGUUAUCCUUUCUGGGGAUCAAAUCGGCCUGAAUAUUGUGGGUACCCGGGUUUCCAGUUGAACUGCAGCGGCGAUCUCCCGCUGCUUAAUGUCACGAACAUGUAUUACCGAGUCCUUAACAUCGAUGACGCGGCGCGGAGUCUCAAGGUUGCUAGACUGGAUUACUGGAACACGACUUGUCCUGCUACUUACGCUAAUACAAGCAUAGAUAGCAGUACCCUCUUUUAUCAUAGUUCAGCUACUACCAACCUGACGCUCUACUACCGGUGCCUUGAUACUUCAGUACCUCUUCUUCCAACUCAGACGGCGGACGGUUUUUCGUUUAAUUGCGCCGGAGACGCUAACGGCUUUACCAAUUGCUAUUCGAGCAACUCCUUGUUUGCAAGCACGUUAUUGGGGGUGUGCCAGUACAACGUUAAAGUUCCAGUAGUAACCGAAGCUGCAGGCACUUUAACUACUGAAGAUGCACUGAAGGAAGCUAUUGAUGGUGGGUUCACGGUGGAGUGGAAUGCAAAUAACAGCAUGUGCGAUAGAUGUGUUGGGUCCGGUGGGCGGUGUGGGUUCAACACCAGCACGAAUGCUUUCGCUUGCCACUGUAAAACUGGGUCUUUUCCAUCAACGUGUGAUGAAAUAUCAGAUGGCAAGAAGAGUGAAGUACCACUUGGAGUAGGCAUUGGCAUAGGUGGUGCGGGCAUUGUUGGCAUUUUAUUAGGUUUCUGGAUCUUUUCCAUCAGGCAACGGAAGAAAAAACGAGCAGAGGAAGCUAAAAUCAAAGAGCUGCCUACUACACCUCCUUCAAGCAAAGGCAUUCCGGAUUCUUCAACUAAUUUGUCUCAAAGCACCCCGUCUUAUACCCACUCAAAGUCAGAUCUUGAGAAGGGAAGCACGUACUUUGGAGCUCAUAUCUUCAGCUAUGCUGAACUGGAAGAAGCCACUAACAAUUUUGACUCUUCUAGAGAACUUGGAGAUGGAGGCUUUGGCACAGUUUACUAUGGCAAGCUCCAUGAUGGACGUGUGGUUGCUGUAAAGCGCCUGUAUGAGAACAAUUUCAAACGAGUUGAGCAGUUCAUGAAUGAAGUGAUUAUACUAACUCGCUUACGGCACAAAAACCUCGUCACACUGUACGGGUGCACCUCAAAACGUAGCCAAGGACUUCUCCUCGUUUAUGAAUACAUCUCUAACGGAACUGUGGCCGAUCAUCUCAAUGGAAACAAAUCAAGCACUGGUUCGCUGACUUGGCCCAUUCGGUUGAGCAUAGCCAUAGAGUCAGCCGAGGCAUUGAACUUUCUCCAUCAAUCUGAUGUUAUCCACCGUGAUGUCAAAACCAACAACAUUCUCCUAGAUGAGAAUUUCUGUGUUAAAGUGGCUGAUUUUGGUUUGUCACGAUUAUUUCCGGCAGAUGUCACACAUGUCUCGACUGCUCCACAAGGGACGCCUGGCUAUGUUGAUCCUGAGUAUUACCAGUGCUACCAACUCACUAACAAAAGUGAUGUUUAUAGCUUUGGAGUUGUCUUGAUUGAGCUUAUAUCAUCAUUACCAGCUGUGGACACCAAUAGACACCGGCACGAUAUAAAUUUGGCUAGCAUGGCUAUCAACAAGAUUCAGAAUCACGCAUUACAUGAGUUGGUUGAUCCGUCUCUUGGGUUUGAAAAGGAUGAUGCUGUGAGGAGGAUGACAACCUCAGUUGCAGGAUUGGCGUUUCGGUGUUUGCAGCAAGAGAGGGAUAUGAGGCCUAAGAUGGAUGAAGUACUGGAGGUUUUGAAGAGGAUCAAGAGUGAAGAGAUGGGUGCGGAGAAAGCAGAAGUGGUGGAUAUUAGGGUGGAUGAUGUUGGGCAGUUGAAGAACAUUCCUCCCCCGCUUUCACCUGAUUCAGUUGUGACUGGUAAAUGGGUUAGCGACUCUACUAUACCCUACUCCUUCUAGCAGUUGAGAUUUCCUUUCAGUUUUUGGGCAUACAACUCUAAAGUAGAUAAGUAUUGUAAAUUCAUAUUCGGAUGUCAAUGAGUGCAUCAAUGCUUCAUUAUCUGCACCAUUGGUUGGUUUUAUUUUGUCUUGAUAUAAUUUAGAUAGAUGAAAGCGAAAUAUCACAGAUGCUUGUUGGGCGAUGUACAUUGUAAAUGGAACUGCCAACGAUGAACUUCUUAAUACAAGUUGGGAUGUAUUUCUUUAA